AUGAGUUUGAUGUCUCGUUUACAGGAGGAUUCCACUCCCAAAGGAGUCAAAUUGAACAAGUCCAUUAUCUACGAUAUAUUUGGGGGAUUAUUAAACCAAACAGUCGUAUGUGAAAGAUGCCACAAUAAGAGCACUACAAAGCAGGAGUUCUAUGACUUGUCACUAGGGUUUAAGAAGCGGAAACAACUGAAAUACUCCAUCUCCCGAUCGCUCAAGGACUUUUUCAGCCAAGAGCUCAUCAAAACUGACAACCAAGACAAAGAGUCGGGGUAUUUCUGUGAAAAGUGCCGUCUCAAUACUAAUGCCCUCAAGCACAGUACGGUGGAUAUUGCUCCCGAAUAUUUGACGGUGCAUCUAAAGCGGUUUAAGUUUAAUGGCAGUCAAUCCAUGAAAGUCAAGCAACUGAUGAAGUACUCGAACUACUUGGAUAUGACCGAUUAUACCACCAAGAAAUCCCCCACAGUGUACCAGUUGAUUUCCAUUAUCAGUCACGAAGGACGUAGUUUAAGUUCGGGACAUUACAUUUCCCACUGCUUACAACCAGAUAAAUCGUGGUACACCUACGACGAUGAAUACAUUAAUAAGAUCAGCGAAAUCCAAGCAUUGAACGACCCAUCAGCUUAUGUACUCAUAUACUCCAAGAUGACUCCCAAGAGUGGCUAA